AUGUCUCUCCCUGUGAAGAUGUAUGUGCAGUGUAAUCCAUUGCUUGAUGUUUUGGCAGUGGUACCAGAGGAGUUCAUGGUGAAGUAUGGGGUGGUACACGGUUCUGCCUCGCUUUUGGCCAAGGAACAAGCUGAAAUUUUUGCCGAUCUUGAAAAAAUUCCGCAAGUAAAGCACAUACCAGGCGGCUCCGGACUGAAUACAGCUCGAGUUGUACAGUGGAUGCUGCAGGCUCCGAAAGGGUCCAUAGUUUCAUAUGUGGGCUGUAUUGCAGAUGAUCGCUACGGCAAAAUUCUCAGGGAGGCUGCGGAAAAGGACGGUGUCAACAUGCUGGUCGAGUAUACGACAAAGCAACCAACGGGCAGCUGUGCUGUCUGCAUUACAGCAAAAGAACGUUCACUUGUGGCAAACCUUGCCGCUGCAAAUUGCCUUUCUGCCCAACAUGUUUAUUCUCCAGCGGUACAGAAAUGCCGUGCAGAGGCCAAGUUAUUCUACUUGACCGGUUUUACCCUCACCAUUGAUACAGCCUAUGUUCUACACGUGGCAAAGCAGGCACGUGAAGUGGGUGGAACAUUUAUGAUGAAUUUUUCUGCAUCAUUCAUUAUUCAGUUUUUUGGGGAGCAGCUCAACCAGGUCUUACCUUAUGUGGAUGUCUUAUUUGGCAACGAGUUGGAGGCGAGGGCGCUCUCCGUAGCGAAUGGAUGGGGCUUGGAGGAUGUGGGAGAGAUUGCGAAGCGAGCAGCAAAGGAGCUCCCGUACUCUGGCACUAAAGGCCGUCUUGUUGUCUUUACACAUGGAGCGAACCCCACUGUCUGUGUUGCGAACGACGAUGUGACCGUGGUGCCUGUGGAGCCCCUUGCUGAAGAAAAGAUUGUUGACUUCAACGCUGCCGGAGACGCCUUUGUGGGUGGGUUCUUGUCUGGCUACAGUCUUGGGAGGGACCUGAGACGUUGCUGUAUUCUUGGCCACUACGCGGCAGGGGUGGUGAUUCAGCAUGACGGCUGCACAUACCCCGAGAAGCCAAGCCUUACUCCAUGA